AUGCGUUACCUAACUCAACCCCAACAUUCGGAGACCCUAGAAGUGUCGAACAUACAAAAGCAAGAAGAUCUGGCCGAUCUCCAGCAGCAGAUUUCGGAUGGGAUUCUAUCGAGCUCUCCGCAGCUGCCCUCGCUCCUGUUAUGGAACGAUGAAGGCAUUGCACUCUUCGAUCAAUUUGCUCAAUCCCCGCCAUACUAUUUGAACAAGAAAGAGCUAGAGAUCCUUGCUCAUCAAGGCGAUGAUAUUGUUAGCCGGAUCCCUCCUGAUGGCGUACUGAUUGAACUUGGGUGUGGAAAUCUGCAUAAAACAAGCCUCAUCCUCUCCGCCUGCGAGCGACAACAGCGGUCAGUGCUGUACUACGCACUCGAUGUCUCGAUCGGAGAGCUCACUGAAAAUAUUAAAGAUCUAAUCAAGAGAAUGGGACCGACCCAAUAUGUGAAGGUCAGGGGGCUACUAGGGACAUAUGACGACUGUGUGGCCUGGCUGGCCAGUGAUCCUAAGAUGGUAGUCCAAAGUUCCGUCACCUUUCUUUGGAUGGGCAACAGCAUAGCCAAUCUUCGGCCUGAUGAUGCUAGUUUGCUCUUAUCUCAAUUUUCUCAUAUUUGUGCAAAGCAGGGCGUCCGCUGUCAAUUCAUAGUCGCGGCUGACGCUUGCACCCACAAGCCUACGAUCAUGGCCGCCUACGAUACAACGAAAAGGCCUCUACAUGAUUUUGUGCUGAAUGGUCUUCGAAACGCGAAUACGGUUAUGGGACAGGAUGUCUUCCAUGUCAGCGAUUGGACGUGCGCGGUGGAAUUUAACGAUCGCGAGAACGUACUCAAUACAUACUACAUUCCGCGUCGCGAUUUGCAGCUUGACAUUGAUGGAAUCGCUGCAGAGUUUCGCAAAGGAGACAAGGUCUUGGCCAUCACCAGCGGCAAAUGGAUCGAGAAAGAUGUUCAUGCAGUCAGCGUAAAAGCUGGUCUCCAUGUCGUUGAUACCUGGAGAGACACGAGCAGUAUCUAUUGUUUUUACCGACUCCAAUCUCUCAUAUAG